GGGAGGAGGGCAAGGGGAGGGAGGAGGCGCCCGCCGGGCUCCCUGCAAAGCGGCCUUAUUUAUCUGGGCACAGCCUCAGCCUCCCCGGUGGGAGGCUCAGGGCGGCAGAUCCUCUCCCACCGGGGAGCUCCGCUCUGGGCUCUGCCGAGAGGGCCCUGGCGCGGAGCGCCGGGCGCGGGGCGCAGUCGGGCCCUGCUAGCCAGUCCAGCACCUCGGCCGCCUCCGCGUUUGGCGGCUCUGGUGCUGGGCUCCCCAUGACGCGAGGUCGCCCGGCGGACAGCGUGGCAUGAGCCAGAAGCCCUGGCCGAGAACGUGCAAGGAAAAUGUCGAGCCCAGGUAUCGAUGGUGACCCCAAGCCUCCAUGCUUGCCUCGAAAUGGUCUGGUGAAGCUGCCUGGCCAGCCCAACGGCCUAGGUGCAGCCAGCAUCACCAAGGGCACACCUGCUGCCAAGAACCGCCCUUGCCAGCCACCACCCCCACCCACCCUUCCACCUCCCAGCCUGGCUACACCACUGUCCCGGGUCGCUCUGGCCGGGGGGCCAUGCCCCCCAGCCAGUGGACCAGCCUCAGGCCCAGUUCCUGGACCCCCAGUGGAGCGGCCACCACUGGCCACAGAUGAGAAGAUUCUUAAUGGGCUCUUCUGGUAUUUCUCAGCAUGUGAAAAGUGCAUACUAGCCCAGGUGUGCAAGGCUUGGCGGCGCGUGCUCUACCAGCCCAAGUUCUGGGCAGGCCUCACGCCUGUACUGCAUGCUAAGGAGCUGUACAACGUGCUGCCUGGAGGCGAGAAGGAGUUUGUGAACCUGCAGGGCUUCGCCGCUAGAGGCUUUGAGGGCUUCUGCCUAGUUGGUGUCUCUGACUUAGACAUCUGCGAGUUCAUCGACAACUAUGCUCUCUCUAAGAAGGGAGUCAAGGCCAUGAGCCUCAAGCGCUCCACCAUCACUGACGCUGGCCUAGAGGUGAUGUUGGAGCAGAUGCAGGGCGUGGUGCGCCUGGAGCUGUCGGGCUGUAACGAUUUCACCGAGGCGGGCCUGUGGUCCAGCCUCAGCGCGCGCAUCACCUCACUGAGCGUCAGUGACUGCAUCAACGUGGCGGACGAUGCCAUUGCUGCCAUCUCCCAACUCCUGCCCAACCUGGCAGAGCUAAGCCUUCAGGCCUACCACGUGACUGACACUGCACUGGCCUACUUCACGGCACGCCAGGGCCACAGCACCCACACGCUGCGCCUGCUCUCUUGCUGGGAGAUAACCAACCAUGGGGUGGUCAAUGUGGUGCACAGUCUGCCCAACCUCACCUCACUCAGCCUCUCAGGCUGCUCUAAGGUCACUGACGAUGGAGUGGAGCUUGUAGCUGAGAACCUGCGAAAAUUGCGCAGCCUUGACCUCUCCUGGUGCCCUCGGAUCACCGACAUGGCACUAGAGUAUGUGGCCUGCGACUUGCACCGCCUGGAGGAGCUCGUGCUGGACAGGUGUGUACGCAUCACGGACACCGGCCUCAGCUAUUUGUCCACCAUGUCAUCCCUCCGAAGCCUCUACCUGCGAUGGUGCUGCCAGGUGCAGGACUUCGGGUUGAAGCACCUCUUAGCCAUGAGGAGUUUGCGACUCUUGUCUCUAGCAGGCUGCCCGCUUCUGACCACCACGGGGCUGUCGGGCCUCGUGCAGCUUCAAGAGCUGGAGGAGCUGGAGCUGACCAACUGCCCUGGAGCCACACCCGAGCUCUUCAAGUACUUCUCGCAGCACCUGCCGCGCUGCCUCGUCAUUGAAUAGCGCAGGCUUCCUCACCGGCCGCGGGAACCGGCCACGCCCUGGGCAGUAGCCCCUCUUCCAUCCCCGCCGGAGCACCACUUCUCGGCCCUGCGCUGGAGGCGGGGCAAGCAGAGGGAAACCCCGCCCCGUGCCUCCCUUGCCCCUCUGCUCCACUGCUCCAUCCCCGCCUGGGGCAAGAGACAGAGGGGCCAGCCCCACGCACGCACGCACACUCGGGGACUUUGUGCAUGCCCCUCGUGCCCGCACUGCACGCCCGCCCUCCACCAUGCCACAGCCGCCGCCAUCUCUCGCCCGCCUUCUGGGGGGGUCUAGGUCCUUCGGGGGAUGCUUUGAGUGCAGACGCCCUCACUGCCUUCCCCACUUCAUUCUGCUCUCUGCCUCCCCCCCCCCCGCUGUCCCCCAUCCCGGGCAGGGCCCAAGGGGAUGGAGGGAUUGGUCCCCCAGGACUCAGGGGCCUGGAAGAGCCCCAAGGGCCUCCCACAUCUUCCACUGCACCGCGCCUGGAGCCCUCCAAGGGGUAUAAGGCGUCACAGGCCACUGCCAAAGCCAUGGCCCCCUGAGGAGCCCAACUCCCCCAUGCCCACCUGACCCAAUGGCUUCCCUUCUUCCUUGUUGCCAUAUGG